UGUGUGCUGUUAAGUUCAACCCUUUUUCGAUUCUGUAUUCUUUUCGGCGAAUUAAGGUGAAAGUGUUCCAUCCAGCGAUAAGUGUUGGUUUAGAAAAACAUAAAACGGUUUGUGCAUCCACACGAAAGAGACGCUGGUCCACAGAGCUUAAGAUAAUUCAUAAAAUUACGCCGGAAAGAUGCUCUCUAAAAUAAUUACCAGCACUGUUGUUUUCUGCUUUUUUUGCUUUCAAGGAGGAGAAGCUUUGUGGUGUUAUCAGUGCGUGAGCACGCAACCGGGAUGUGGGACGCCGUUUGAUUGGAGGUGGUACACGUCCGUAACUUGUCCAGACACGAAUGAUAAAUGUGUCAAGAUUGUGGAACGUAAAGGAGCGGACGUGGUAAUUACAAGAAACUGCUUGAGUCAAGUGGAAUAUUCCCGACACGAUGUUCCUGCUGAUAAAUACGAGGGCUGUCGACCGGCUGCCAAAGAUAUUCAGUUAGCACAUUAUGUCAAUAAUUCCAUAAAACAGUUGGAUGUUGCAAGAGACUAUUAUGACGAAGUAACGUGGUGCUUUUGUCAGUUUGACCAUUUUUGCAACUCUGGAUUCUCAUUGAUCAAACCAGGAAUCGGAUUUCUUUCUUCCCUUGGCGUCCUUGUCUUUCUGUUCUCACUUAAUUAAAAUGAAAAGCUACCUCAUACUAUAGAGUCUGUAAUUUAGAAGAGUACAAUCUUCGUAAUCAAAUUCGAUAUAUGCUUCUAAUUGAUCCGUCCAUGACAUGUAUUUGCAGAAAUCUCAAUCUGUCCAUGAUUUAUUAUGUGCCUUAAGUCUUAUUAUACCAGUGAAGUUAUGAUCUGAUUGAAGGUCUGACAAUGAGUGAAUAUAGAUCACAAUAUAGAUACAUAGUUAAUUUCGUUAAUGUUGUCAUUACAUUGAUGUUAGUAAUAGUAGUACAAAUACUUUUUACGAAGACUAUGCAACAUUUGUCCUUCACUUUAAACUAAUUUAAUUUAAGUAAUGUAUAUCAUUUACUGCGAGAUUUAGAUUUAGUAAGGUAAUAUGAACGGUUUUGCAACGUUGAAUUUUUGUAAUUUUAUUAAAUAUUUUAUUGAAUAAACGAUGAACAAAGUUGUGUUGUAUCAUUAA